GUGGGUUUGCUUUGAGCUUUUGGCCCUCUGUUGGGUUUCAUUUUCUGUCACAAAAAUCUAUCUCCUCUGAUACCAUCUUGGGCAUUUGGGUCUAUUUGCUCUGUUGGGUGUUUGCUAAGAAAGAAAAUGGAAGAGAAAGCGGGUACAACCGUUCACAAUUGAGAGAGGGAGAGAGAGAGAGAGAGAGAAACACAGACCCACUGCAACCAACAACAACACAAUCCCCAAUUGCUUUCUUUGCUUUCACUUCUCUGCUUCGCCUUAACCUUCUUCAUAUAGUACUUCACAUCACCAACACACCAACCUUUCUGCCAUUCACAGACCCUCACAAUCUCUCUCUCUCUCUCUCUCCUUUCUUGGCUCUUUUCUUCAUCUGGGUUCUUCACAUCUGCCUGCGUUUUCUCAAGGUUUGACAAUGAUGAUGACCACAGAGCUUUUGGAUGUUCAACCCCGCGAACUCAAAUUCACAUUUGAGUUGAAGAAGCAAAGUUUAUGCUCGAUUCAACUUGGCAAUAAGUCUGAUCACUAUGUUGCUUUCAAGGUUAAAACCACUUCUCCAAAGAAAUACUGCGUGCGGCCUAACGCUGGCAUCAUAAAACCCAAGGCAUCAUGUGAUUUCACAGUUACUAUGCAAGCUCAGCGUGUCGUGCCACCUGAUUUGCAGUGCAAAGACAAGUUCCUUAUCCUGAGCACAGUUAUUCCAUUUGGGACAACUGAAGAGGAAAUUACAUCUGACAUGUUCUCAAAAGAUAGUGGCAAAUACAUUGAAGAGAAGAAACUAAGAGUGGUGCUCAUCAGCCCACCCUCUUCCCCAGUAUUUGUACCAAUUAAUGGAGAGUCAAAGCAAGAUCCAUGUUAUGAAAAUUCAGUGAAAAAGGAUAGAGUUCUGAGUGGAGUUGAAAACAUACCCCCGCCUCAUGGGGUUGCUGAGGAUGUUGAGGGGUUUGAAACUUAUAAGGACAUGGAUGAGUCAAGAGCAGUUAAGGAUGUCGAGGAAUUGAAACCAGCUAAGGAUGUGGUGGAAUUGAAACCAGCUAACGUUGUGGAGGAAUUGAAACCAGCUAAGGAUGGUGUUGCGUUGAAUUUAACAAAGGAUUUUGAGGAAUUGAAAUUGAAGCUAAAUACAGUGGAUUCAAAGCUAAAAGAGGCUGAUCUUACCAUCAUGAAGCUAACAGAAGAGAGAAGCAUGACCACUCGCGAGAAGAAUAUGCUUAAACAUGAAUUGGAGUUGCUGAGGAGGAAGAACAAUGUCAAAAGGAUUAUGGUUGGCUUCCCUCUCUUUUAUGUUUGUAUGGUUGCUCUCAUCAGUCUAGCAAUCGGAUACUAUAUCCAUCCGUAGAGAAAAAAAUUAUGGCCCAGAUAUUAGACAGUAAAACAAAGCUGUGUCUCCUUCGUGGCUAAUUUGGAAGGAUCUAUCUGCUUGCAUGUUUCUGACACCAGAGAUGUUCUUCAGUCUGAUGUGUAAAAUAUGGACCCAUCUGAAUUCUGCAUGUACGAGCUGAUCUCUCAAAUAAAGUUUUAUAAAGGAAUGUCAUUUUGUUGAUGCCA